GAUAAUUAAACAGAAUACAAUUACAAAUAACACAAAACAACUAACAGUACAGCUAAGUUUGGCUAAACUAAAACCCAAAAAAUGAAAAUCAAAAAUAUUAAAGUUUAAAUACUAAUAUUUACUUAAAUACAAAACUUAUCUAAAUAAAGAAACUACAAAUUUCCCCUGCCAGCAGGAACUAGUGGUGCAGUCCAAUCAGCAUUUAAGCCUGCUGAGCCCUGGCAUCCAUCUUUUGUCUGGCCACUCCAAGGCAGGUAAGUACCGGCAAAAAACCAACAAAGUUAGUUGCAAACAAAUUAAACUUUAAAGUUGAUAUAAAUACACGUGCUAACUAAAUGUGCGCGCUAACAUAAAGAACAAAUGUAUCCAAAUCAACUAAUAAAUGUUUUACUGAAACUAAAGUGUUGUAUUUGAAUGAAAAAAAAAAAAUUAUGAAAACUAAAUUGUGCAUAAGAGUUACCGACUUCUGCCUUCAGAGUGUGGCCAUGGAUUUGGCCAUCACAAGCAUGUUUAAUAUUGUCCAGCAUGAUGCCUAAGAAUAUGAUUUAUAAUGGAUUGUAAAACAUUUCUAUAAAUUCACAGCAACUUUCUGCUCUUAGAAGCCGUCUUAAGUUAGAGUUUACAGCGUUGGCGUUAUCGAGAAACUGUCAAAUAUCAGGGAUGGUUCACAAGACAAACUCAUGAUCACAGCCUUCUCCAGUUGAACACAAGAAGAUAAAUAAAAAUUAUUGCACACAUUGAAAGGUAAAAUGAGGUACAACAUUAAAGAAAACCCCAGUGGAGGAACUAAAGGAAUUUUAUGCAAAAAUAUUCACAGCCUUCAAAUAAUCACAGCCUUCUUUAGAGGAGAACAGAGUGAUGUUAAGAUAUUCAGCGGCAGAGCAGAGGAGCAUUUCGACUUUACUUAGAGUGAAAUGAAAAACAAACUCACCCAAAGAGCACAACUCAAUGAAAAUAUAUCUUUUAAAAGCUGGAGAAUUUUGGAUUUCUGUAGAUCAUACUAAGCAGUAAGGAUAACAGGAAGUACAUAUUCAUGAAACUUAACAUGAAGAACAAAUAUCAGGAAAUGUGAACAAGGAGCACAUUUGCAUACAAUUUUCUACAUUCACGUGUCUGAAGAAUAAAUCUUAUUGGAACAUUAUUAGUGUGUUUAUAAUGCUGGCGUAGUUUGUUUUCCCGCUGUUGGCUUCCAUUCAGUUUUACAUUUCUUUCAGUGGGUGGAAAACUUUCACUUCCUGUAAUUCCUGAUCAUUUGUGAACACACCAGCUGGAUGGUCUGAGUUUCAUUAUACCUACGUUAGAAAAAAAUCAGGUAGGAGCAACCAGAAACACAAGAAAGACACACCGAGCAAGCCUUAUUUGUAACAUGUUACUAAAAGAAGAGCAGGCUUAGCUUAAGAUUAGAGAAAAACAGCAUGUUGACAGUGACAGGGAUUCUUUUGGAUUGAAUAGGUUACCAUGUAAUCUUUUUGAUCGCCUGUUUGGUCUAUAGGGUGUUCGCCAGAGAGACCAAACACAGUAAAGUACCACUAAUCUAAUCAUAAAAUCAGUGCAUGCCUCUGAUGAUGCUCUGAGGAUCCAAAAUGCAAAGUACCCAACUAUAAAUCCCUGCAAUGUCUCUAUCUCAGAAACAGCGUGCAUGUCAAAGUGUCGGGGGGAGUGGAUUUGUUAUCAGCAGCCUCACAAUAGGUGAUCAGGUCAAAGUGCAGCGUGGUGAACUGUGGUUGGAAGCACCGCACACUCAUCCAUUUAAAUUACCCUCGGAAUAAACUCCAGUAAGGUCGCAAGAAUGGUGAAAGAAAAAACCCAGCUGAAGGAGUUUUUAGAGGCUGUAAGCGUCCUGCAGUGGGUGCUAAGCUUUCUGUUCUUAGGACUGGCUUGCAUUAUCUUGAUGGUGUAUCUUAUGUUUACGUCUCUGUGGCCGCUGCCCACUCUUUACUUCAUAUGGAUGGUGAAUGACUGGCAAACUCCGGAAAGAGGGGGCAGAAGAACAGCAUUUGUGAGGAAGUGGAAGGUUUGGUUGCAGUUCAGAGAGUAUUUUCCAGUUAAGCUGGUAAAGACAGCAGACCUGAGUCCAAAUAAAAACUACAUCCUCGGCAGCCAUCCGCACGGCAUCAUGUGCGCCGGAGCCUUCGCCUGCUUCAGCACCGAGAGCUGCGGCUUCGCCGAGACGUUUCCCGGAGUGAAGAGCACACUGGCAAUACUGGCAGGCCUGUUCAAGAUACCACUCUUCAGAGAAUACCUGAUGAGCGCAGGCCUGUGUCCGGUCAGCAAGCCAAGCCUUGUCCACCUCCUCUCCAAAAGUGGGAAAGGAAACGCAGUGGUGAUUGUGGUUGGAGGAGCUGCAGAGUCUUUAGCAUCUUCUCCUGGAAUCAACAGAGUGGUCAUGAAGCAGAGGAAAGGGUUUGUGAGGACGGCUCUUGAGCAUGGAGCAGAUCUGGUUCCCGUUUACUCGUUUGGGGAGAACGAACUCUUUCAGCAGGUGAUUUUCUCAGACGGCAGCCUGGGCCGCCGGCUGCAGGACUUGUUUAAAAACGUCAUGGGUUUUGCUCCGUGUCUAUUCGUCGGCGAGCGCUUUGCUCUGCUGCCCUUCAGGAAACCGGUCACUACUGUCGUUGGAAGUCCGAUCCCGGUGCCAAAGUGCGUCACACCGACUGAGGAGCAGGUUGAUCACUAUCACACGCUCUACAUGGAGGCCUUGGUCAAGUUAUUUCAUGAACACAAAGUCAGCUGUGGACUUUCUGAGAGCCACAAGCUUGAAAUCAUUUAGACUUUCCGCACCAAAACAUCUUUAUGUUUUGCACUGCUUUUCAUAGAAAGGAGCGUGGAGAUCAGAUCUGGGCUGAGACAACGAAUACUUCAGAGGAUAAUUACAAGGAAAUGAGAGAAAAGGCACUUUUAAGAGUAACAGUGGGAUGUUUUUUUUUUUUUUUUAAGUGUUGAUGCACAACUAGAAGAUGCACACUUAGAAAGAGAACCCGGUGCAAUUUAUUUAGCAUUGUGCUCAUGAUUACAAUAUUUUGUUCUUAUUGAACACUGCCCUCUAUGUGCAGCCUGCUGUUCUCAUGCUGCUGUUCCAAUAAUCAUACACAUUAAAGCUAGUUUUGGUUUUAAUGUGGGAAAUAAUUCAGCUUUUAUUCAUUUAAUGUGAUGUAAACAGUUGCCUUACAUUACGCAUAAAUCUACCUCAAAGGCCACGAGGACGGUUCUCGGAAAUCAUGUAAAAUCAUCUCCUUUGGUAUUUGAUCUGAAUAAAUCGUAAUGUUGAAUAAAGUGUGAGGAUAAUA